CAACCGCUGACACACGCCCAAAAAUGGCCGACGACUUUGAAGACUGGCUGACCGACGCUAAACAUGAGUUCAUGAUGGAGCCAUCACCAGAAAAGGCUGACACCCACCAUGAGGUUGUUACCCCUGCCCCACCAGCCAACCAAAUCGGGGACACUGGCGUCACAAAACUCUCGUCGGAAGACGUCAAUUUCGUUGACGACGAUGACUAUGACGAUGGCGCUGCUAGCAUCCUUCCACUCCCUCCGUAUAGUGGUAUCCCGUCGACUUUCGGUGACCAACACAUUGAACCAUCCUCGUUGACAAUGGCAACGCCACCACCCCCACCUCCAGUGCAGGUCAACGACUCUCUAGACUUGGAGUGGAACAUUCAGAGCUCGUUCGAUAUGCCCGACAAGCUGUGUCAAGAAAUUCAAUCGGCCGUCGAUGCUGCUGCCACGCGGCUGGCCACGGCAGCUGUCCCAUCAACGCCUCUAGCCAAUGGGCUGCAAGAAACCGACACGACGGCCGAGUUGCUUUUGAUCAUGGAAGUGGUCAUUGGGGACGGCCGCACCGAAAGCAUCCAAGUUCGAGAGGGGGACGAGGCCGAGGCCCUCGCGGCCACGUUUGCUCUUGUGCACUCCCUCGACCCCGACGUCGUUCCGACCUUGACGGCGCACAUCUCGGAGCAAAUCCGGUCGAUCCGGCCCGUGCCACUAACUCGGCAUCCUUCGUCAAAACCACAACACAACCCCCCCCCGGCUACUGAAAAAGAACGCUCGUACAAUGCGCUGCGGGACAAGUUUGGCAAAUCGUCCUCCAAGUCGACGUUUGAUCUUGUCAAGACAACGACCCCUAGCCCAAAGGGCGGACCAACCGCUCGGAGGGGGCAGCCGCCGGCGUCGGAGCGGCUGUAUGCGUUAGCUCAAGCCCAGCGGGAGUGGCGAGCGCGGGCGCAAAAGAAGCGCGAGGACGAAGUGACCAAGGAACUGGCAGACAAGCGGCUGCAGCUGGCGGACAAGACCAAGCUACUCGUGGCCAACCGCACGAACGGCCAGUAUCGCUCCAUUGGCGAGCGCUUGUACGGCGAAGCGGUGAGCGAAAACGCCCGCCGCAAGAAGCUUGCGGACGCGCGGUCUGUCGAGAAGGCCCAUGCAGACCUGAUUGGCGACGACCACGCGGACUGGAUGUGCCCCAAGUGCGCGUGUUCGAAUCGAUACCAAGACGCCAAGUGCCAACAUUCCGUCGGGCCAGUAGUCAUCCCAGCUCCACCUGCCGCCACAACAUCUUCGAGGUCAUCUCAACCCAUUACCAACAAAUCCUCGACGAAAUCAAAAGAUCCGAUAACAGCAACAACAAUAAGGGUGUGUGGGCAGCCGAAACCAACAAUGUUCCAGCCCACGCUCUUGUCAAAGGAGAACAAAAAGCCCGUACCGAACGCGACGUUGGUACUACGAAGGCAAAAGCACGAGGAGGUGGCCAAGACAGAGUACAAUCAGCGCCACCCGUUCGCCCCGCAAGUGAACCCGACAUCCACGGACCUGGUGAAAGACAAGCGGACCGGCGCCACGACCCACUUGACGCUGUAUGCCGACGCGGACGCCCGACGCACCCGGCAGAAGGACCACGAAGCCGCCUACUUGGCGCAGUUCUCCUUUCGACCCAACAUCGGCAUCAACGCGUUCGUGGCGCCCCCGGCAUCGAAGGACGCACUGGUCCAGCGUCUAGCGAUCGAAGAUCAGCAAAAGCUGGCCCAGAGCCGCGCCAAGUUGUUUGAAAAGUACGGCGCCGCCAAGGAUCCGGCCACCGGACGGCCCUACUUUACCCCCGAGACCGGACGCGGGCCUCAGUUUGCUCGUAACGACACGAACCUCCCCAUUGGCACAUUUUUGUACCAAAGCCGACGCGAAUUUGAUGAGAUCCACCGCCAACUUCGGCAAGCGGACUCGGACGCUCUGCGGGACCACCGCACGCAGAGCUUUGUCUCCAAAACGUCGAAAAUGCACCUGAAAGCGCGCAAAGUCAAGAGCUUUGAUCGUAUUUUCAAGUUACUACAACAAGCCAGUACGUCGACGGCGACUGUUGAAAAGGACGAGUCGCUGCUCGACCCAACACUGCUGCAAAUGGACACGCUGUCAUUAGAACUAGGCCACGUGGCACUCAGCCUAUUUGACACGUGUGGAUGGGUGCCUAUCCCGAAAGACAACUUUUACGCGUGCAUGGAGUCCACGCUGGCGCAGUGCCGACACCUGACGCACACCCAAGUGCUGUUCUUCGGGGACAAGCAAACGCCCGUUCAGUCGUCACCAUCGCAUGCGAUUCCCACCACGAAGGAGCGCGCCGACGCCGCCGACGACCAGGAGCUGACGCUGCAUCCUAAGAUCUGCGCCAAGUCACACCAAAUGGUGACCAAAAAUACAGGCAGGAAGAAAGUGUUUGAGAGCCUCUACAACGUUCACGCCACCUACGCCGCCAAGCGCAAGCAGCGCGAGGCCAAACUCGAAAAAGAGAACGCGAAAACCUGCACGUUUCGACCGCAGCUGUGCAAGCAAUCGUUCCACGACAUGUACGCCCGACUGCCCGACGACCAAGCGGACGAUAUGGACUACGUCGUGCUGUCUACGGCCAGACCGUGUGCGCGGCCCAGUGUCCGACCCAUCGAUAGCGAUCCUCCGUCGCGUUUGUAGCUCGCUCAUCACAAUUUUUUUGCAAAUCUGAGCUAGUAGUACUACUAGUAGCACGCCAUGGAUUAAUAGUACUAUAAUAUUCACCAUUUGAAUUGCUU